AUGCCAGCAAUGGUUACAGCUACAGGGUUACUGCCAACUUCGUGCACUCCUAGUCUACCAGCAGAGCCACCUCGACGUAAAUACUCACUAGAACUAGUUACAGCUACAGGGUUACAGCUCACUUCGUGCACUCCAAGUCUACCAGCAGAGCCACCUCGACGUAAAUACUCCCUAGAAAUAGUUACAGCUAUAGGGUUACUGCCAACUUCGUGCACUCCUAGUCUACCAGCAGUGCCACGUCGACGUAAAUACUCACUAGAAAUAGUUACAGCUAUAGGGUUACUGCCAACUUCGUGCACUCCUAGUCUACCAGCAGAGCCACCUCGACGUAAAUACUCCCUAGAAAUAGUUACAGCUAUAGGGUUACUGCCAACUUGGUGCACUCCAAGUCUACCAGCAGAGCCACCUCCACGUAAAUACUCCCUAGAAAUAGUUACAGCUAUAGGGUUACUGCCAACUUGGUGCACUCCAAGUCUACCAGCAGAGCCACCUCCACGUCAAUACUCACUAGAAAUAGUUACAGCUAUAGGGUUACUGCCAACUUCGUGCACUCCUAGUCUACCAGCAGUGCCACGUCGACGUAAAUACUCACUAGAAAUAGUUACAGCUAUAGGGUUACUGCCAACUUCGUGCACUCCUAGUCUACCAGCAGAGCCACCUCCACGUAAAUACUCCCUAGAAAUAGUUACAGCUAUAGGGUUACUGCCAACUUGGUGCACUCCAAGUCUACCAGCAGAGCCACCUCCACGUAAAUACUCCCUAGAAAUAGUUACAGCUAUAGGGUUACUGCCAACUUCGUGCACUCCUAGUCUACCAGCAGUGCCACGUCGACGUAAAUACUCACUAGAAAUAGUUACAGCUAUAGGGUUACUGCCAACUUCGUGCACUCCAAGUCUACCAGCAGAGCCACCUCCACGUCAAUACUCACUAGAAAUAGUUACAGCUAUAGGUCUACCAGCAGAGCUACCUCCACGAAAAUACUCACUAGAAAUAGUUACAGCUAUAGGGUUACUGCCAACUUCGUGCACUCCAAGUCUACCAGCAGAGCCACCUCCACGUAAAUACUCCCUAGAACUUGUUACAGCUACAGGGUUACAGCUCACUUCGUUCACUCCUAGUCUACCAGCAAAGCCAUCUCCACGGAAAUACUCACUAGAAAUAGUUACAGCUACAGGGUUACUGCCAACUUCGUGCACUCCUAGUCUACUAGCAGAGCCACCUCUACGUCAAUACUCACUAGAAAUAGUUACAGCUAUAGGGUUACUGCCAGCUUCGUGCACUCCUAGUCUACCAGCAGAGCCACCUCCACGUAAAUGCUCACUAGAAAUAGUUACAGCUAUAGCGGUACUGCCAACUUCGUGCACUCCUUAUCUACCAGCAGAGCCACCUCAACGAAAAUACUUACUAGAAAUAGUUACAGCUAUAGGGUUACCGCCAACUUCGUGCACUCCAAGUCUACCAGCAGAGCCACCUCCACGUAAAUACUCCCUAGAACUUGUUACAGCUACAGGGUUACUGCCCACUUCGUGCACUCCUAGUCUACCAGCAGAGCCACCUCCACGUAAAUACUCACUAGAAAUAGUUACAGCUACAGGGUUACAGCUCACUGCGUUCACUCCUAGUCUACCAGCAAAGCGAUCUCAACGGAAAUACUCACUAGAAAUAGUUACAGCUACAGGGUUACUGCCAACUUCGUGCACUCCUAGUCUACUAGCAGAGCCAUCUCCGAGUAAAUACUCACUAGAAAUAGUUACAGCUACAGGGUUACUGGCAACUUCGUGCACUCCUAGUCUACCAGCAGAGUCACCUCCGAGUAAAUACUCCCUAGAACUUGUUACAACUACAGGGUUACUGCCCACUUCGUGCACUCCUAGUCUACCAGCAGAGCCACCUCCACGUAAAUGCUCACUAGAAAUAGUUACAGCUAUAGCGGUACUGCCAACUUCGUGCACUCCUAGUCUACCAGCAGGGCCACCUCGACGUAAAUACUCCCUAGAACUAGUUACAGCUAGGGGGUACUGCCAACUUUGUGCACUCCUAGUCUACCAGCAGGGCCACCUCCACGUAAAUACUCCCUAG